AUGCAAAUCGAGUACGCGUUGUGCACGGGAAACGUGCCGAAAUUAGAUGUGCAAUUAGACUUUGCAUUUAUCCGGGGUGGAGUCGUGUUAGCAGCGUUUGGAGGGAGAAAUGAGAUUGAACGUUCUGGUAAACUUCAACGCAACGUGAUGGAAGGAAAUGUCGCUCUAGCUGCGGGGAAGGAAGACUGGGAGAAGGUUCGACGACUGGUGGAACAAGGAGGGAACGUGAAUGAUGUGGAUGAUACAUGGUACAGAAAAACAGCUCUACACUAUGCUGCCAUAUAUGGAAAUUCAGAUAUUUGUUCGUUCUUGCUGUCACAAGGGACGAACGUCAGUCAGACAGACGAGGAUGGAAAUACGCCGCUUCAUUUCGCUGCUUAUUAUCAUCAUGUCGAUACCUGUCAACUGUUAGUUGAUCACAAAGACGAUGUUACUUCUGUCAACAAUAAAGGUCAAACUCCUUUUCACCUAACUCUUGCUAGUGACCAGGGUACGCGUGCCUCUCCCGCGCUGAUAACAAAUGAGAGUGUGAAUGUAGCAGAUCGUCAUGGUAACCGCGCUUUACACAUAGCAGCUAGAAAUGGUGACAUUCAGAUUGUCAAGCUGUUAGUGGAUUGUGGAGCAGAUCUAAAACAUAAUGCCAAGAUUGAUGCAGUGGAUAAAGGUGGAAACCAACCACUACACUUGGCAGUGAGGAAAGGACAUACAAGAACAAGUCGUUUGUUACUCUCUCAUGAUGCAGAUGUAAAUUCAUUGAAUGAAGAUGGACAAACACCACUACAUACAGCAGCUGGUGGAGACAAAGACUUGGAUAAAGAGAGAAACUCACCACUACACUUGGCAGUGAGGAAAGGACAUACAAGAACAAGUCGUUUGUUAGUCUCUCGUGAAGCAGAUGUAAAUUCAUUGAAUGAAGAUGGACAAACACCACUACAUACAGCAGCUGGUGGAGACAAAGACUGUCCUGAAUUGUGUUCUAUUUUACUGGAACAUAAUGCCAAGAUUGAUGCAGUGGAUAAAGAUGGAAACCAACCACUACACUUGGCAGUGAGGAAAGGACAUACAAUAACAAGUCGUUUGUUACUCUCUCGUGAUGCAGAUGUAAAUUCAUUGAACGAAGAUGGACAAACACCACUACAUACAGCAGCUGGUGGAGACAAAGACUGUCCUGAAUUGUGUUCUAUUUUACUGGAACAUAAUGCCAAGAUUGAUGCAGUGGAUAAAGAUGGAAACCAACCACUACACUUGGCUUGUAAAAGGCUUAAUUCUAAAUCUAAGCAAGUCUUGUUGGAUCACAAUGCUGAUGCAAAUGUUUUAAACAACAAGAAAUGCAAACCCUGGCAUUUGGCAAGCCAACAAUUGACAUCAUCUUACACUAAAGCAAUUGAUGGCAAUGGUAACAACGCUUUGUAUAAAGCAGCUGAGAGUGCUGAUUUACACACAGUUCAGCUGUUGGUGGAUUGGACUGCUGAUGUAAACGAAAUGUAA